AUGAGCCUAGCGACCAGGCACUCUAACCGACGACAUCACCACUUCCCGGCCUUGAAUCUCAGCAUAACGACAGGCAAAAUACGCGUCGAAAUAGGCGAAGCGGAUGCAGUUCCAGUGCCACCUUUCACCGUCUUCACGAGCCAUCAGCGCACUUACUUCACCUACCUUCUCGGCUACUUAACUCUCACUUCCUCAUUGACGGCUACGAUCUACCUGCCCCUGAUCGAGAGCCUAAGCAGGCAGUAUAAUGCGUCCAUACCCGCGAUCGAUUUGACCAUCGCGCUCUAUCUCGUCUUCCAGGCCAUCUCACCAGCUUUCUGCGGCCCAUUCUCGGAUAGGCUUGGCCGCCGCCCAGUGUUCUUGAUCACCUUUGCGAUAUACAUUGCAGCAAGCCUGGGCCUGGCUCUCAACGAGAAUAGCUACACUGCGCUACUAGUCCUUCCGUCUCUGCAAAGCGUUGGAGGUUUGGCAGUGAUAUCUCUGGCUUAUGCGGUCGUCGCUGAUAUCUCUUUGCCUGCUGAGCGAGGCAAGAUCCUUGGGCAGACACAGUGGGCUUUCUGGACGCUUGUCAUGUUUGACGCAUCUUCUCUGAUGCUAAUCGGAUGGAAUAUGCCUGAAUCUGGAAGCAAACUCGUUGGUAAUGGAGAAGUAGUUCCUCGUGGCGUGUGGAAUACAUGGUGGUCUAUCAUUAGGCGAAGUCGAAGACAAGAAAGACAAGUCGACACAAAGGUCUUCAGGAACGUAUACACCGGAAAUAGUGGCAAAGGUGUACGAAGCUUUCCGAAUCCAUUCUCCUCACCAUUCAAAGAAGCCAUAGGAGACGACUGGGUGUUCACCUCGAUUGGGCUCGUCGAUGGCGUACUCGGCAUGCUCGCAGUCGCAGCGUUGCGGACGUGGGGGUGGAAUCGGAGGCAAGCAAGAACAGGGCGCGACUGAAACAAUUUGGGUCCUGAUGGAAUGAUACUGUCAUUUGGUAUCAUG